AUGGAGGACAAUGCAAGUGCAGACCAAAUGUUGUUGGAAAAACCAACUGUAUGCAAGAAAUGCGACUGCGAUGCUGUUGGAUCUCUUGGAAAUGACUACGACAAACAAUUCGGACAAUGUGUUUGCCGAGAGAAGGGUAUUCAUGGAAGACUAUGUAAUCAGUGUGAACCUGUAUUCUGGGGAUUCCCUGCAUUCUGUACUUGUCAGUGUAACGACCACACAAAUAUCUGUGACCAGAAUUCUGGAGUAUCGACUGUCGUGAUCUCACUACUGGAUACUAUUGUGAUACAAGAUGGAUACUAUGGAGACCCGAGACUAGGAGUGGUAAUUCCUUGUAAAACAUGCCCAUGUUCAGAAGGUCCAAUCAUCAACAUGCCGACACUUGUUUUCUCCGAAAAUCCCGUUACCGAGGAGAAGGAUGAGGCGAAUUCACUCAAAACUAUUAGGGAUCACCAACAGAAGUUGGAGGAACUUGCGAACGGUGCGACUGUAAUAGAAAUAUUGAUAUGUCGAUGGAAAGAAGUUGUGAUGCUGCCACUGGAGAGUGUCUCAACUGUCUUCAUCAUACCGAGGGUGCUCAAUGUGAAAAUUGUGUUGAGGGUAUUAAGGAGAUGCCGAAUUGAAGACUAG